AGUUUUAGGAUACCAUCUUGUAUCAAGUAUACACAUUUUCAAUGUUUCGGCAAAAAAGAGUACAUCUCAGAACGAAGUUUACAAGCAGUUCGAGAAGUUAUCGUAGCCUUAAGGUCAAACGUUCAAAUCAUAGGCCACGGCUGGAUGUUUAGGGCUGGCGCUGCCUUGAACCAAAAUGCCGUCCAAGAAUUACUGUUAGCCCUUGAAAAAGGCGAUGUACCAAAAGUGCGUAAUAUGUUGGAAUCUGGCUGGAGACUGGAAGCGUCUCAGGCCCUUUAUUCGUAUUUAACAAGAAUGGAGGAACCUCUAAUACCUCUCACGAUACAAUCGCUAGUUUUAGGAGAUGAAAAUGAAAACGUAUCCGUCGAAGUAAUUGCAGCAGAUGUUCUAGGACUGAUGAAGGAAGAAUUGCCGGCAAAUCACCUCUUAUUAUCGGCCAUGUUAUUUGAUCUGUUAGAUGCCGUCAUAAAAUCGUCACCAGCAGAUGAAUUAAGAGGAAAUACUCUGCCUAUAUCUAUGCUUCCAUUAUUUUUUACUGUCCAAACUCAACACAUAAACGAAUGGAGGCGGAUAGUAACGAUCUUCGUUGAAAUGAUCAGACAGGCAUCGACGCAAUUAGAUGUUAAUUUAGCGCCGACCGAUAACAACGUCCGACUGACGCUGGAAGGAGCUUCGCUCGAGCUCGCUAAUCUUAUACAUCCCGAAGAACAAGAGCUUCUGCAAAAUAGCGUUGUAAGAAGAUACGUUGUACCCGUAGGCUAUAGGGGAGAUUGCCGCAAUGUGGAAGUUGUCGAAAGAACACCACGCAAUAACGAAGCAGAGUAA